CUGGGUUCAAACCCUAGCACACACAAAAAAAUGCUGUUUGUGGUUGGGAUAUAGCUCACUGGCAGAGCAUUUGUCUAGCAUGCAAGGUCCUGUGUUCAAUCCCCAGAGCUGGAAUAAAAAUGAAACAACAGACACAUUGUGUUCUUGCCUUUGUAACUGCUUUUCAGUAUUUCCCAGUUUUUAAAAAGUAGCAAGAAGCUGGCGUUGUUGGUGUCAUAAGCAGGAAAAAAAUAUUAAUAGGUAUAAAAGAAGAUAAAUUAAUGCUGAAAGACAACAUAAAACCAUAAAGAUUAGAGGUGGUUGCCACGGGUCCACCCUCCGUGCUGGGCAGAGUCCAUCUUAGGAGGAGCCACACUGGAGUGGGGAGGCCAGGGCUGGCAUACCGACUGGAACCUCCCAAGCUCUGGAGUACCAAAGAAGCUCAUGGAACUUUCCAGGCCCAACCGGAGCCCCUGGAGGCGGCUCCCCCUUAUAGCCAGUUUGCUGACCUGUGGGAUUUGUCAGGCUUCCGGCCAGAUCUUCAUCAGCCCAGACUCACUCACAGGAAUAGAGAGGUUCCGGACCAUUCUGACCCUAGAAAAUGUCCCAGAAGAUGUCCUGGAGUACAGCUGGUACCGGGACAUGGACAACAGUACAGAAAACAUGAUUUUUAGCUAUAAACCUCCCAAUACGCGACACCCUGGACCCUUGUACACCGGUCGUGAGAACGUGACCCGCGCAGGUAGCCUGGUGAUCAGGAGGUCAGCAUUAAAUGACACAGGCUACUAUACCGUCAUGGUGGACACUGGCAACGGGACUCAAAGAGCGACUGGCUGGCUCGAGAUUCUAAAGUUGGAAAGCGACCCAGGCAUCUCAGCCAAUGCUUCAGCCAGUGCCGGUGUCCUGGUGGAAGGCAUGGAUUCCGUGGUUGCCAAAUGUCUUACCAACUCCUCCAACAUCAGGUGGUAUGUGAAUUCUGUACCAACUUCAGGCAAUAACCGCAUGACAAUUUCCCUGGAUGGCAAGACUCUGGUCAUCCACAGGGUCAGUCGCUAUGACCACAGUCUUCAGUGUGCCAUAGAAGAUUUCCCAGAAAUACUUCAGAGGAGUGAGGAGAUACCGCUGAGUGUGGCCUAUGGGCCAGACUAUGUAUCACUGUGGACCCAGCCCGAUGUCUUCAAUGGUGUGCUGACUGCUGUUACUGGCUCCACUGUGCAGCUGGAAUGCACCUGUUUCUCCAGGCCAGAACCCAAGUACCACUGGAUCCAUAAUGGCUCCCUCCUAAGUGUCUCAGAGGAGAACAUGACCCUCCCUAGUCUGUCCUGGGAGCAAAUGGGCAGUUAUCGGUGUAUUGUGGAGAACCCGGAGACCCAGCUGGCCUUCUACAGGGAGGUCACCAUCCAGCCACCUCGGCCACUACCUGCUGUCCACAGAGAAUUCUCCAUUUCAGGAUCCUUGGUAAUAUUACUCAUCAUAUUGGCAUCCCUGGGCAGUGCCUACGUCUGUGGAAUGCUGGUCUACACCCUGAUUAUAUUUUGCUCCAUCAGGCGGAACCGGACAUAAGAGUUCAUGGCAGACCUAGAAGAGAGCUCAGUCCAGCAAGGAGGUGAGGGAGAGAGACAAGAGCGAGUUUCCCAUGGGGACCAGCUGAAUCGGACCAUCACAGGGUGUCCCCUGGGGAGGGAACCAGCCAGUCUCAGUGAACCGAAGAAAUCAAGUCUUCUAGAUGAAUUGGAAGACUCUAUAUGGGACCUGGGUGAGGGGUGACAUCACAGGUAGCCUGGCCAUUAGCAGCACCAUCUGCCAAUCAGAGCCAGCCAAGCUGGGACAAGAUCAUGAGAGAGCUCCAGGCUCUAAUUCCAGACGCCCCCCCCCCCAAUGUUUCCAACUUCACGUCUUUUUCCUGACACCAAGGAAUCUUGAAAGAGCCUCGAAGAUGCUUGAAUCAGUGUUGCCAAUGACAGAGAAAUCGAUCAAUUUUGAGCUCAGACAACUGGUGUCAGUUGCUUCAAUGGGUUCUCACACACACAAGUUUAGGAAGCACACUGGCAGAGGGGCUUCCCAAUGAGGAAGGCCACUCUCUUCUAAGUUAUAAAUGAAUAUGCACAGCUCCAUCUGUCAGGGCCACAGAUCCACAGAGAUGGCAUCAGAGACAGAGCAGACCAGGGGCUGGAGGAAGAAGACUUCAUAAGGCUCUUGCAGAGGACCUGAGUUGGGUUCUAGCCCCCAUGUUGGGCAGGAAUAUUUCUUGUUGUCACCUUUAACUCCAGCUACAGGGAAAUCUGUCACCCUCUUCUGAACUCAAUAGAAACUGCACUUCUCUCUCU